AUGAGUGCCGCGAUCCAACUCGACAUCGCUCUGCCGAGUCUGCCUGCGGAUUUCUCUGCUGAGAAUGGCUUCAAGGCUGUUGGGAAGCUCGACCAGGCAAAUGCUCGCCCGCUGGAACCAGUCGGUAUGUCUAGUGGGCAGGUCAAGUUGGGACAUUCAGGUGCUGACAUCUUGUAGGCGCACAUUACCUUGCACACGCUCGGAGACGUCGUCAUAAGCGUACCUUCAGCGAGGAUGAAAAGAUUCAGGCGCAGCAGGUGAAGAGCGCUGCUACGGAGGAGAAGAACGAUGACAUCGAUGAUGCUGAGGACCCCAUGGACUUGCAGAGAGAAGCCAAGGUAGGACAGAGGAGAUGGUGGUAAAAUUGUCGGGUAUAUGCUGACGACUGUGACAGGACUGGAAACAACAGGACCACUACCGAAUCCUUGGCUUGGGCAAAUGGCGCUGGAGGGCGACCGAGGACCAGAUCAAGCGUGCUCACCGUCUGAAAGUGUUGAAGCAUCACCCCGAUAAGAGGGCUGCGGCCGGUCUCGAGGAGAACGACCAGUUCUUCAAGUGCAUUCAGCGUGCUACCGACAUUCUCAUGGACCCCGUCAAGAGAAGACAGUACGACAGUGUCGAUGAGGCCGCAGAGGUGGAGCCACCAAGCAAAAAGGAUGUGCAGAAGAAACCAGGCAACUUCUACAAGCUCUGGAAGCCCGUCUUCGAGUCCGAGGCCCGCUUCUCCAAGAAGCAGCCGGUGCCAAAGCUGGGCAACGAGAACAGCACAAGGGAAGAGGUCGAGGAGUUCUACAACUUCUGGUAUGCAUUCGAUUCAUGGCGGUCUUUCGAGUACUUGGAUGAGGAUGUGCCGGACGACAACGAGAGCCGUGAUCAGAAGCGUCAUAUGGAGCGAAAGAACAACAACAUGCGAAAGAAGCGCAAGAAUGAAGACGUGCAACGUCUGCGCAAGCUGGUGGAUGAUGCUCUAGCUCAGGAUGAGCGCAUCAAGAAGUUCAGGCAGGAGGGCAACAAGGAGAAGAACAAGAAGCGUGCAGAGAAGGAAGCCGCCGAGAAGGCCGCUAGAGAGGAAGCUGAGAAGAAGAAGGCCGAGGAGGCUCGUCUGCAGGCUGCGAAGGAGGCUUCCGACAAAGCAGCAAAGGAGGAGGGCAAGAAGGCCAAGGAGGCUGCAAAGAAUGCGGCCAAGAAGAACAAGCGUGUCAUUCGUGGUGCAGCAAAGGACGCCAACUACUUCACCGAGGGCGAUGCUGCUCCGGCGCAGAUCGACGGUGCUCUGAACGACAUCGACGCCCUCAUCACCAAGCUCGACAACGAGGAGAUUGCUGCAGUGACCGCCGAGCUCCAGGGGAAGACGGACAAGGCGGAAAUCACGAACAUCUUCAAGAAAGAAGUGAAGCGACUCGUGGAAGGUGGCAAGGCCAAGGAGGGCGAGUUCAAGACGCUGGCAUAG